AUGGCUCGACAGUCUGAAGCGUUCUACGAACCAGGUAUCAAGUCAUUCCACGAUCACACGAUGAUCGAGGUGGUGAUGCCAUUCUUGCACUGGUUGAUGACAUGUAUUCUCCUCUACCUUGCAGCGGUUGUCGUCUAUCGCCUCAAGUUCCACCACACUGCUCAUAUCCCAGGCCCAUUUCUUGCGAAGGUGACCUUUUUCUAUGGAUGGUACUAUGACCUGUACCUUGAAGGCCAGUACGCUUUCAAGAUCAAAGAGCUUCACAAGAUUUACGGCCCAAUUAUCAGAAUUGACCCAGACACUGUCCACAUCGAUGACCCAGACUACUUUGAGGUGAUCUUCAACCUGAAAAAUGGCAGACAAGUGAAACCACAGCAUGUUGCGGAGGUCUUUGGUCCUUAUCCUGCGUCAAUCGGCACAGCAUCUCAUGAACUCCACCGCCUACGUAGAAGUGCACUCAACCCCUUCUUUUCGAGAAAGUCGGUCAUGGAUCUGGUCCCAACAAUCCUACGUCCUACAGCCAUUUUAUGCGAGCGACUCAAACAAGCGAAUCUAACUGGCGAGACGCUGAAUCUGAAAUACGUCUUCCCCGCGGUGACUAUUGACAUCAUAAACGCCUAUUGCUUCGCAAGGGAGCCAACUACUGUUUUGGAACCGGACUUUGGCAAAAAGGAUACUGACAAUGUGGCGUAUUUCUUGAAAGUUAGCUUGCUGAAUACUCAUAUCCCGUGGCUGAUGCGUUUUACCUAUUCUCUACCGGAUUGCGUGAGCAAGGCACUUACACCGGCAGUGGCCAAGAUCCUCGAUUUCCGCAAAGAACUUUCUCAUCAAGUCGAAGCUAUCCGCAAUGGUCAAGAUACUGCUCAUCAAACCGCCGCCCACUGGACUGUGUUUCACGAAUUGCUGAACAGCAAGCUACCAGCAGACGAACUAAGGCCAGCGAGACUUAGAGAUGAGGCAUUCAGCCUGAUUACUGCUGGCUCGGAUACAACAGCACAUGUCCUCCGCGGAACCACAUAUCACAUUUCAGCCAACCCUACAAUCCGCCAGCGGCUCUUCAACGAGCUCAAAGCCGCGAUCCCAGAUCCCGACGACUUUCUCAGCUUGCCUGAGCUCGAAAAGCUUCCGUAUCUAUCAGCAGUUAUCUACGAAGGUCUCCGUCUCGCCAACCCAGUCACGCACCGUCUCGUUCGCCAAUUCCCAGACAAGGCAUUCGAGUACCAAGGAUACCUGCUGCCACCCAACACUCUUAUCGGCAUGUCACCAAAUCUGGUCCAUUUCAACGAAGAAAAAUUCCCCGAGCCACAAGUCUUCAAACCUGAGAGAUGGAUUGGGCCAGAUGCCGCUCGACUCCAGCGCUAUCUCAUCUCGUUUAGUCGCGGUCCUCGGACAUGUUUGGGCAUGGCUUUGGCACGUGCUGAACUCUUCAUCAUCCUAGCUUCUGUCUUUAGACAGUUUGAGUUUGAUGUUAAGGAGAUUGUUCGGAGUAGGGAUAUCGACUUUAGUCGUGACUUUAUUCUAGGUGCGCAGGCGGUUGAUUCUCCUGGUGCGUUGGUGAAGGUGAAGCUAGCUGGUUAG